UUGGCUCCUGUGUCCUUGCCUAUUGGGUAUUUUCACACGCUAAUUAUUAUUUACAGAACCGACAGACUCGCCGAACCUUUUGAUAAGCAAAUGUGUUACCUUUUUCGCCACUGUCUGCUGUCUGGCAUGUGCCAGCAGUGGGUUGGGGCCAUGGCUGUGGCCAUUCCCUAAUAAUAGUCAAAUAUUAGCGCGCAGUAUUUGCACAGCGUUUUACAAUUUAAGAGCCAUGGCUGGCGGCCAUUCUCGAACAGUUCUCGACGGGAAGUUGUGCCGUGAAAGUCUGACUCUCUACUUUGAUCCAAGAUGGAAAUAUCGGAGCCCAGCAUUGGCAUCUUCUACAUAAGCAAACUGCUGGCACUGGCGCCGUAUGCGACGCGUAAGAACUCCAAGGGACAGUAUGAGAUUCGUCGCAGUUGGCUCUUCUCGAUCUAUUCGGCAUCCUUGACCGUGGCAAUGGUUUUUCUCACCUAUCGUGGAUUACUCUUUGAUGCAAAUGCAAAGAUUCCCGUGCGAAUGAAGUCGGCAACGUCAAAGGUGGUUACGGCCCUGGAUGUGUCUGUCGUUGUGCUGGCCGUUGUAUCGGGCGUUUACUGUGGCCUGCUCAGUCUGAGCGAAACGCUUGAACUAAAUGCUCGUUUAUACAGGAUUGACAAUACUCUGAAUGCCUGCACCCACUCGAGGAGGGAUCGCUGGCGCGCCUUGGGCAUGGCCGGCGUUUCUCUGCUCACAAUAUCUGCGCUGCUCGGCCUGGAUGUGGGCACUUGGAUGCACAAAGCUGAGGAGAUGAACAUAUCUGAUUCGGAUACGGAGCUCAAUGUGCACUGGUAUAUACCCUUUUAUUGCCUCUACUUUAUACUCACCGGACUGCACCUUAACUUUGCCAACACCGCCUACGGGCUGGGCAGACGCUUUAGACGACUCAAUCAGAUGCUCAGCAGCAGCUUUCUGGGCGAGCCAAAGGAGUGCAACGACGCGCUGAAGCUGCGCAAGAUGAGCACCGUGAAGACUGUGAGCACAAAUGCAACGAUGACACCCACCGCCCUGCACUCGAGUCUGACCAAACUGAGCAGCGAAAUGCUGCCAAAUGAGUCUGCAGCCAAGAACAAGAGUCUGCUCAUCCAAACCAUGGCCGACAAUCACGAUUCGCUGACCAAAUGUGUGCUGCUCUUGUCCAACUCCUUUGGCAUCGCCGUGCUGUUUAUUCUCGUCUCCUGUCUGCUGCAUUUGGUGGCCACCGCCUACUUUCUGUUUCUGGAGCUGCUCAGCAAGCGGGACGACGCUUACAUGUGGGUGCAGGCGCUCUGGAUAUUGCUGCACUCAUUUCGCCUGCUCAUGGUGGUGGAGCCGUGCCACCUGGCAGCCCGCGAGUCGCGUAAAACCAUUCAAAUUGUGUGCGAAAUCGAGCGUAAGGUGCACGAGCCCAUACUGGCCGAGGCGGUGAAGAAGUUCUGGCAGCAGCUGCUCGUGGUCGACUCGGAUUUCUCCGCCUCUGGUUUGUGCCGCGUCAAUCGCAACAUUCUGACAUCGUUCGCUUCAGCCAUAGCCACCUAUUUGGUCAUACUCAUACAGUUCCAGAAGACAAAUGGAUAGGCGCAGCGGUCGCACAGGCCACAAUUAGAUAUAAAAAUGUUUGCUUCUU